UGCUCGUUUGUCCUGAUGGCUUACGGGUGAGUGGGUGUUUGAAUUCUUCCAUUCGCUGGCGGGAAGAAUUAGCAGUCCAUGUGAAAUAUAGUUGAAAAGUGACAAGAUCGAAAGAGAUCUCUCAUUACCCCGAUUGGGACGCUUCCCGAACCAUCCAUUUCUGCUGCUUUCUCUUUCCUGUGCUACAAGCCUACGACAGACCACAGAGCUGAAGUGAUGAAUGGGACUCUGAUUGCAGGCACACCCAUUGCAGUAGAUUUUUGGAAUAUCAGGAAAGCUAGGCAGGCUCGCUUGUUCUUUCUUUCUCAUAUGCACAGUGAUCACACUGUGGGGCUUUCCAGCACCUGGAACCAACCUGUUUAUUGCUCGCCUGUUACAGGUCAAAUUCUACAUCUCAGGCUGAAGGUAGCUAAGCAAUUGAUCCGUCCUUUGGAAGUGGGAGCUAGCCAUGUUGUGGCUUUGGAUGAUAUUGGCAAAGAGACCAUGACAGUAACCUUGAUAGAUGCUAACCAUUGCCCUGGAUCUGUCAUGUUCCUUUUUGAAGGGUACUUUGGUGUCAUCCUCUACACAGGUGAUUUUCGUUACGCUCCUAACAUGCAGCAAGAUCCAGUUCUAAGGAACUCAAAGCUUAUCAAUUGCCUCUAUCUGGAUAAUACUAACUGUCGCCCUAAUACUAUCUUACCAUCCCGGGAACAGGCCACUGAGCAAAUUAAAAAGCUGAUUAGGGACCAUCCUGAUCAUCGGGUGAAGAUCGGUACAUAUAGCUUGGGAAAGGAGUCACUUUUGGUGGAACUGGCCCAAGAAUUUCAUACAUGGAUUGUGGUGAGUCACCAGAAGUUGGAGCUUUUGCAGCUGUUGGAGAUUGAGGAUGUUUUCACUUCUGAAAAAGGAGCUGGAUGGAUUCAUGCUGUGGAUUUUUCAGAAAUCUGCAAAGAAACAAUAACCAACUGGAAUCGGAGUCAUCCAACCAUAGCUAUUCUCCCUACCAGCAGACCAGUGAAAAUCAGUCACCCUAAUAUGCAUGUUGUUCCUUAUUCUGACCACUCAUCUUUCCAAGAACUAUUAGAAUUUGUAGCUUGGCUAAAGCCCUGUUCCAUUAUUCCUGUAGUGAAGAAUGAUCUAUGUCAAGUAUAUUUUCAACAAUACUUGAGCUCUGAAAACUAUUCACUUCUGGAAUCUAAAAUUCCAGAAUCAGUUAAACAAGCCAUGAAAAACAAGAAGAAAGAAAGGCCGAUAAAACUACUCAAGUUGUCAAUCUCUCACCAUGCUCCAAGGGGAGUUUGCUUUGACUCUCCUGAAAAAUGUACUGAACAGAAUGAAUAUUUCCCUGAAACAGAAAUUUCUGAGCAGUGCUGCCCAGAAUCCACAAACGGAACUGUGCCUUAUUCUAGACAAGAACAGUGUGCUCAGUUUCCACAGUGUGAAGAGAAACAGGAAGAAACAAUAAUAGAACCAUCAAACCUUGAGAAUGACAGAGUACUUACUGUGGUAGAGUCAGAAAACAUGUUUUCCACCAAACAUCAGCUGAAAGACAAUGCUGACAAUGAAUGUAAAACGUGUCACAUAGCUGUAACAUUAGCAUGCACAUGCACUUUGUCCAAUGACAGAAAGGAUACAAUCUCAACACUAGAAAGAGUUCCUUCUUCCUGUGAGAAGAGUGACUGUCUUCCUCAACCAGCCAUGGACAAUGAUGUCUUCUCAACAGCAUCGCAGACUGAUCAAAUUCACAGAGUGGCCAAUCAACAUGUUUUAAAAAACCUUUCUCGGGAAUAUGAUUUAUCUCCAUUAAAUAGCUCAAAGCGAAACUCCCUCAAAAACUUCGAUUUGCAAGUAGAAAACUACAUAAAAAGAAGAAGAGUAUCAAGAAGCAUAGAGUUAAUAUAAACUUGCAUUCUGGACAAGAACUUACAGGAAAAAGCAAAAUGUCUGAUCAAGUGCCAAAAGAGGGUAGCUACAGAAUAAUAAUCUGAUUUUCAAGUGAGGCAUAUCUGCGUCCUUCCCCCACCUGCUUCAGUUACUCAUUAAAACAGAUCCUGUUUGAUAAGUAAUUCAUUUUGGUAAAAAAUGAAUCUUUAAUAUUAACAGCUUGUCUCUAUUCCCUUUUUAGAUUUUCUUCUAUCUUUUGGGGAUGCUUAUUGAUAUUAAUUUAGCUGAUAGAUCAUAGAUAUAUAUAUCUAUAGAUAUAUAUGUUUGCUGGCAUAAUUGGGAUUGUUUUUUUAACUGAGGGACAAUCUGUCUUUUCAUAAGUUAUUCACUACUGAUCUUUCCUGUGAAUUUACAAUAUUCCUGAGAAAAGAAUAUGGUUUGUCAGGGAUAUAUUUAUAUUUUUCCUAAUAAAAUUUUAAAAUGAGAACUAAUUAUUUUCUUGGGUUUUUUUAAAAAAGGAAGCAAGCAGGAGACUUAAUCAAGCUGACUACUUAUGAAAAAACUGCCUCUGAAUUAAAAGAUUUAUAAUGCAUUGGUGGUAUUUAAAUGUUAAAUUAAUGUUAAAUUGCCAAGGUUUUACUGUAAUUCAUUUAAAUUUAAAAUAUUUACUACUUUGGUUGAUAUUAAUAGAUUUUUUACUCUGAUCCAAUUUUUGAUACCAUAUUUAUAAUUCAGUGUUUAUAUUAUUUAAUAUAGGCUACAUCCUGAAUU